CACAGCUUGCGAUUGAGCUAUCGUCAGCCACCGCACCUAACCCAUAUUCGGCUCGAUCUUCUACCUGGUUCAUCUUCAAGAACAUCUGUCGAGAUGGCUACCACCGCUAUGGACUACGAGGCUGCUAAUGGCGAUCGAUACGAAGAUGAGGCACCUCGCUACGAGCGCGACAACCGAAGCGCUUCGCCCCGUCCCCGUGACGACAACGAGGGAAGCCGCCGUCGCUCUGCAUCGCCCGGCGGCCAUGGCGACAGCAACAUGAAGGAUGUUUCCGCUCCCCGAGACGAUGAUGAUGGUGCUGUAAACCCUGGCUCUAACCUCUUCGUUACCGGCAUCCACCCCAAGCUCACCGAGGCCGAGGUCUCCAAGAUGUUUGAGAAGUAUGGCGAUGUCGAGAAGUGCCAGAUCAUGCGCGACCCUCACACCAAGGAAUCCCGUGGUUUCGGAUUUGUCAAGAUGGUCACCUCCGAGCAGGCCGAGGCUGCCAAGGAAGGCCUCCAGGGCGAGCAGAUCGAGGGCCGAACAUUGAGCAUUGAGAAGGCCCGUCGAGCUCGUCCUCGCACCCCGACUCCCGGCAAGUACUUUGGCCCCCCUAAGCGAGAGCCUCGUCCUCGAUACGACGACCGCCGACGUGGUGGCUACGGUGGCGGCGGCGGCUACGGCCGCGACGACCAGUACCGCUACCGUGGUUACGAGCGCAACUACGAGCGACGAUACGAAGAGCGUAGCGGCGGCGGCAACUACGGCGGUCGUGACUACGACCGUGGCUACCGUGAAGAGCGACGCUACGAAGACCGUGCCGGUGGUUAUGGCGGCCGUGACUACGACCGCGGCUAUGAGCGCCGCGAGCGCGAUGAGGGCUAUGGCCGGGACCGCUAUGCCGGCCGCGAGGAUCGGGAUCGCUACGGCCCCCGUGGUGGUGCUCCUGCCGGCGGCUCCUCAGGUGGCUACGAACGUGAGCGAUACGACCGCCAAGGCGACCGCGACGCCCCCCGAACUCGAGACCCAGCUGCCAGCGCUGGAGCUGCCGGCUACAGCGAGUCUGCCUCUCGUUCCGAGACGCGCGACGCCUAUGGAGGUUCGGGCUACUACUGA